AUGUCGGAGACCGCUCCCGCCGCUGCUCCCGCUGUCGCGGCCCCCGCCGCCCAGGCCGCCGCCAAGAAGAACACCAGCCGCAUCAAGCUGGGGCUCAAGAGCCUUGUCGGCAAGGGCACCCUAGUGCAGACCAAGGGCACCGGCGCAUCCGGCUCUUUCCGCCUCAGCAAGAAGCCUGGCGAAGUGAAGGAAAAAGCCCCCAAGAAGCGGGCGGCUGCGGCCAAGCCCAAGAAGCCGGCGACCAAGAAGCCUGCUAGCACUGCCAAAAAGCCAAAGAAAGCGGCGGCGGUGAAGAAGAGCCCUAAGAAAGCCAAGAAGCCGGUGGCCACAGCAGCCAAAAAAGCUGCCAAGAGCCCCAAGAAAGCGACUAAAGCUGCCAAGCCCAAAAAGGUGGCGGCAGCGGCGAAGAGCCCGGCCAAGGCGAAGACGGUGAAGCCAAAAGCAGCCAAGCCCAAGGCGGCCAAGCCCAAAGCAGCCAAGGCGAAGAAGGCGGCGUCCAAGAAGUGA